AUGGAUAAAGCCAGCGGCUCCAUCGCUCAGGGGAAGCCGGCGUGUCGCUGCGCCCCGCCGUCGGGGGUCCGGCGGUGGCUGCCGGGUCUGCCCAUCGCCCUGUGCCUGCUCAUGUCUCUGAGCUCCAUCACCGUGUGUCUCCUGAUGAGCUUCAAGACCUACCAGCUGGAGAACCGACUGCAGAUGGAGAUCGACAAGGCGUCCGUCUUCCAGCCUCCACACCGGUCCCUGCUGAGCGAGGAUGGGAGCCUCACCCCGGACCUGAGGACUCCCGUGGCCAAGUUCGUGGAAGAGAAAGUGGUGGGUCUGAUGCCGAAACUACGGACUGCCAGAGAUGUUGGCACAGAGUGCUCCUGUCCUCCAGGGCCCCCGGGAAAACGUGGGAGGAUGGGACGACGAGGGGAACCCGGGCCUCCUGGCAAGGCUGGACGGGAUGGAUACCCGGGUCCGCUUGGCUUGGAUGGCAAACCAGGUUUACCGGGACUCAAAGGAAGCCAGGGACCCGCCGGACCCAAGGGAGAAAAGGGUGAUCAAGGAGACACUGGGCCAAGAAUGGUCUUUCCCCGGUACGACCAUGGCUUUCUCUCUGGAGAGCAGUCCAGCAGCUUUCAGAGACGUUUUCUGAAGGGUGAUCAGGGCCAGGCUGGACCUGCUGGUCCUCCCGGUCCCCCGGGGCCCCCUGGCCCCCGCGGGCCCCCUGGGAACACCGGCAAGGACGGACCUCGAGGCCCUGCAGGAGAGCCAGGUUUUCCGGGUCGUGAUGGUAUUGAGGGAUCACAGGGAUUACCGGGGAAGCCGGGAGAAGAUGGAGAGCCUGGCUAUCCAGGACCACAGGGUCCUCCGGGGGCAAAGGGAGAGCCGGGUUCAUCAGAGAAAGGAGAGAGGGGCAUGGACGGCCUGCCUGGACUGAAGGGCGACAAGGGAGAAGCAGGAGAUCAAGGACCGAUGGGUUAUCCCGGAGAGAAAGGCACGGCAGGCGCUGCGGACAUCGCAGACUUCAAUCGGAAACUUCUGGAUGCGUUCCAGGCCAUCAACACCAUCAGCGUCUCGGGCCCACCUGGACCUCCAGGACCCCCAGGCCCUGCAGGAGAGAAGGGUGAGCUGGGUUUACCGGGGCCGGCGGGGAUUGACGGGGAGAAGGGACCCAAAGGGGACAUGGGCGAGACGGGGCACCCUGGUGAGAGAGGAGAGAAGGGGGAGAUGGGACUCUCCGGACCUGCUGGUAUGGACGGGCACAAAGGGGAGAAAGGCGACUGCAGACUGGAGGACAACCUGGUUCAGAUGAUUUCACAGCCUGGACCGCCUGGCCCGCCGGGCCCACCGGGAGUUCCCGGGUCCCCUGGGUCCAUGGGGCUGCAUGGGAUGCCCGGCCCGAAGGGGGAGCCAGGAAUGUGGAUCAGGGGGGAGAAGGGGGACACCGGUGCUCCGGGAGCUAACGGACUGGACGGCCUCCCGGGUCCCAGCGGGCCUGCCGGGUUAGUCGGCCUUCCAGGAGCCAAGGGAGAAAAAGGACGGCCGGGGGAGCCGGGGCUGGACGGUUUCCAGGGUCUGAAGGGAGAUAAAGGUGACCAGGGGGAACGAGGAGAGAGGGGCGACAGAGGAACUGUUGGCAAGAGAGGUCUGAAGGGCCAGAAGGGAGAGCAAGGCCCGCCAGGCCUCGACCAGCCCUGUCCUGUGGGUUGUGAUGAGACUAAAGGUGUUUCUGUAAAGGAAGGACAGGCUCCUCCUCAGACUCCUCUUCCUCCCUCUGGCCCUGAGGCCCCCUGUCCUGUGGGACAGGACGGACUUCCCAUACCGGGCUGCUGGCACAAGUGAUGACUAACCUGCAGCAUGGAGCCUGUACAUAUUGAUAUGGUAUAUUUUGCAGCUGAAUAUUACACCAAUAAUCCUGCUCCCUUUUCCCCCCAUUUUUUUUUUUUUUUUUUUUGUAAAAUCCUAUUAUAUAAUAUAUUGAGAAUUUCAGAACAGAGACUUUUUUGGAGGCGACACUUUCUCAACAACUGAGACUUGAGAGCCGGUGUUGCUCCUGGAGGGACUGAGCGGAGCUGGCAGUGGGGAGAGUCCAGAGGCCGGUGCUGGUGCUGGACGAGAAGAGUUUUACUAACAAAAAAAAAACGGACUUGUUGCCUGAAUAUAAUCCUGACCAAAGUCUGGGAAUGACGGUGUGUGUGUGUGUGUGUGUGUGUGUGCACUCAUCCAAGCUUAAGGAUUGACGGACGGAUCGGGGAGCGUGUCGUCAGUACGCUCUUGUCCUCUCUCUGUUUUCCAAAAGGAGGAAAUGGCGAGACAGAAGCUGAAACGCAAGCGCCUCUCUCAGCCCUGAACGGACGCAGGGCCCGGCGGGGAAAGGACUCAGACGCAGGCAGAGGUCACAGAGGGCGUGUUGCUUAUUUUUGGAGCGAAGCUCCCCAUGUGACGCCCAUUGUGUCACUCUGAACACUCCUGUCAUGGAGACUCUCCAGGAGGGGGCGACAGAACACUGCAUUUCCGCAUUCACCACUGAGGGAUGGCAAUCCUUCUGCUUCUGAUGUUGCAAUUGCUAGGUAACCAGCUGAUCUUUUGUUUUGUUUGUUUUUUUAUUUUGAAGGGGAGUCACUGAUGUCGCCGGCACAUAAAGGAAGGAUUUACUGUGCAGACACCUUGUUAUUGCGAGUCCUCUGAAAUCACAGCGAGACCGUUUGCUUCGCAUCCCGACAGCUUUAAUGACUUGUGGCUCCUCACUGAGACCUCGGACAGAAAGACAAGUUUUACGUGCCAUAAGCAGCUCAUCUUAACAAGCCUCUCAAAAAAUAUCAGUUUGACUAUGUUUUCAUGGCUCACAUUUGUAACUUCUGUGUUGUUUUGUUUUAUUUUUUGGCGUACAUGUUUUGUUUUUUUCCUCCGGUUACAUUUUGCAUUCCUGUGCGUUGCCAUACUUUUCAGAUGGAAUGAAAAGCGAGCAGAACUCAAAGGCCAGAUCUGAAGGAACCAUUUUCAGUAUUAUUGAUGAAUCAGUGUUUCAGGUGUCUUGGCGAAUGCCUGCCAACAGUGGAUUUUAGACCAGGGUGUCAAACUCACUUUAGCUCAGGGGCCACAUUCAGCCCAGACGAACCCGUCAGCUUCCAGACACAUGAAAUUCAAACGUUUCACCUUUGUUGUUGUGGGAAACAGCGAGGCGUACAUUAUGGGGGCGUAUACAAACACAAGCCAGUUUUACGAAGAAAUUAAUGUAAUUGAAUUGAUUUUAAAGAAAUAUAAGUGUAUAUUCAAAACUACCGUAUUUUGUUUUCAAAGAUUCCUUCUAGUGCCAAAUAGUGAAAUUAUCAAAAAUCUUGUUGCCAAUUUGUGGCAUUUUAAUUGUUUGGGUUGUUUUUUUUUUUUAUUGUAUUCAAAAUAGUAAAAAAAAAAAAAAAAAAAAAAAAAAAUUGGCCUGUAUUUUUGCUUUGGGGGAGCAAAUCUAGGAAAUUAUCCAAAUCUAGUUUGUCAGUGAUUUUCUUUCUCAAGCUUUACUGUUUUUGUAAACUUUUCUGUGCUUGUUUUCACAUUUUCUGGAAGUUCCCAAAUGUGGAUAAAUAAAGUCAUCUCUAAUCUAAUCAAAUUACAAAUCCACCCUCACAGUGCAGCUUUGAUGCUUAUGCUACUUUGCUAGCAAUCAAUUAGCAAGCUUUGAUUUCUAUUUUUCUUUUCUUUUUUCCUUCUCUGUAUUUUUUAGAAUUUGAGAGGUGGGCCGGAUUGGGGCCCUAUGGUGGGCCGGAUGUGGCCCCUGGGCCAUAUGUUUGACACCACUGAUUUAGACUGAUCGUUUUUUGUUUUAAUUGUGGAAGGUGACAUGCUGUUCCCAGUUUAUCUGGACGACAGUAAACGUUUUUUGCUGCUGACCUUAAUUUCGUGUUGUUUGAGAUUUUUGUUGUUGUUUUGUUUACUCAGUUUCAGUCAUGAACCGAAGGGCGAACAUGCUCCAGUAUGACAUAUAAACAGUUAUUUCUUAGGAUAAUUACUCAAUUAUUAAUCAGCAACAUCUUGGUUCAUAACAGCCAGUUAUUUUUAACUUUUAAAUCCUUUAACAUGAGUGAUUUUCCUUUUUCUGUUAUCUGGAAAACAACAUGUUGCUUUCAAAUGAGUUAUUGGUGUGUUUAUAUCUCUGACACAUUUUUCUCUCAGUUUGGGUAAUUUGGUGUUUAAAUAAUCUACUUUUACAUAAUUUUCUUGUUGAAUUCAAACACAAGCACAGAUGCUGAGAUAUGUGCUCUUUAAAGAAAAAGGAAUUGUACUCGGUCAUUAUCAACAGAUACAUACUUGUAUUAUAUGAAAUUCAGUUAUUUUUUAUUUUAGUAUACAUAUCAGGUUCAUUGCUUUACAUGCAUUUCUGUAUUUCUUCAGUACCCUCCUACAGACUGGCUGUUGACAAUUUUUAACUCUAACAAGCACUGUUAUAUCUGUUCUUUUCAAAAUCAGGGUAGUUUUGUAAACUUAAGAGUUCAGAGAAAUAUCUACUCCAUGGACGAUCUGGCUCAUGUCACUAAUGUUUAAGUCAGAUAUCUCUGCAGAGUUCUAGUUCAUGAUUAGGUCUGAGAUUUUUUUUUUUUUUUUUUAAAUGACAAAUGAAUUGCUUGUCAGUUUUACUUUUUCCGAUGAUCGUGUAUUUUGUACAUUCAAAGCUACAUUAUUCACGUCAAGCAUACUAAUUUCUGUAUCAGUGGAAUGAGUUCAUUUCUUAGACUUUUGAAAGGAUUGACAGGUGUUUCAUAUUCUAAACCUACAGAGUGCAGCUCAUUUAGCUCUUUACAGGUACUCUAAAAGCUUUCUGCAACACAAAGAUUUGCAGAAGCUGAUGGUUAUCUGCCAUGUAACAUUAUUGUACGUGUUUAUUUCUUUUGCAGAUUCUAUCAGUGUCGUUUUUGCAGCUUAACGGAGAGACCACAGGGCGGUGUGUGAAAAGACUUUUUGAGGCUUUAGCAAAUCUUCGUACCACAGUGUUAGCUUGACUUUGGGAGAAUGUGUUUUUACUGUGUAUUUGGUUGUAAGAGAAUUAAGCUAUUUUUGUAAUUACUUGUUUAAUUAUGUAUAACAUGAAAUCUGGUCAGCUAAAACAUGUAGAUGGAAAUGAACUUGAUAGUUUUAUGGUUUCCUGUCAUUAAAUCGUAACCAUGCCAAAUUGCUUUGUUUCUCUGGGUUGAAGUUAUUUUACCAUCGUUACUCAAAAUUGUCUCAUUUUUGAGUAUUUACCAUAAAACAAUCAAGUAUAUGGAUAAAACCAAAGCUUUUUUUUUUUCUUUUCUUUUCACUUUGCUGCCAAAAAAAGCAAACGGGGUGAAGGAGAAUGAUGUUCUCUGAUGUCCAGGUAUCCAUUGCCUUUGAUUAAACUCUUAUU